GAGCACACUUGAAACGGUAUUUUGGAAGGACAGAGACUGGUCACAAUCGUAGGAAAUGUAUGAGCGAGGACUACGAUUCGCCAACAGAGAAUGCGGAAAAUGCCGUUGUUUGCAGUUGUGGACGAUUUGCAGGUUGGCAUAUCACCUUGUGGCAAGCAAGGUGAAAAUGUCAUCUGCGGCCGCCGGCGUCCUCAUCAAACUCUUCUAGCCCACUACAGGUCAAGAGAAAGAGAGUUACCGAAUAAUGUGAUGGUUCAAUACUACGCCGGAUACAUUGCGAGAUUUUCUUUGAUGGCGUCGGGGAGAUCACGCGCAUGCCCACCAAAAAAGGAACCAAAGAAGAGAAUAUGGGCUUUGCCUACGUCGACUUUGCUACGCCAGAUGCCAAAGUCAUAGCAAUAACCCAGUCCGAACCAGAGCUUCACGGUCGGAAUUUACUGAUCAAAGAUGGAAAUGAUUUUGUGGGCCGUCCCAUAACUACACCACCGGCGGGAACACAAGAGGACGCCAAGGGUCCCUCUUCAGGCAAAUCAGUGAGCGACCUGACGAAGACUCUGCGUGUACAGAAGCAGCCUCCUGCACAAACAUUAUUCCUUGGAAAUCUUGGUUUUGAUACUACCGUGGACUCGAUUCGUGAACUCUUCGAGGCUCAUAGACACCCACAAAAGUCUGGAAAAGGUGUGAAAGCGAAUGAGGCCGAGGCUAGUGCCGGGGAGGAUGACAAUGUCACAAAAGAUGUUUGGUUACGAAAGGUCCGCAUGGGAACUUUUGAAGACAGUGGUGCAUAUGAAGAAUUUGCCUUCCGACCUUACAUCGCUUUCUCGUUCUUUAUCCGCUGGCAACGCCGUCGGCGUUCCAGAUUCCGGCACUCCUUCCCCGAAAGACAAGCUAUCCUUUCCUCCGUCUUCUAGUUAUAUAUUAGCUCCAUCCACAUCUUCCACCUCGU